AUGGAGAUCUAUCGAAGUGGUUGUGGUGGUGUUUGGUUCUUUCGUCGGCAGGUUGUUCUGGCCUCAGCCUCCCCGUUUUGGUUCCGUCCCCGCUCCUCUCCCUCUUCGUUGCUACUUUUCGUUUCUCUUGCUGCUUCAAUCGACUUUGGGCUGGAGUUGGGUUUCUUUGAGGUUGCUUCAAUCCCGUCAAGCUUUGGGUUCUAUCGAUGUUUGGUUAUGGCAGAAGCCUUGGUAGUUCGGAGUGUUCUCAUGGCUUUGCAGGUCGCUUAUAAAUUGGUCUGA